AUGGAGCUGGGGCUGAGCCUUGGGGAGGCCGCCGUGGCGGAUGCGGGGAGGGCGCCGGAGCUCCUGCUCGGGCUCGGGGUCGGUGCUCGGACGGGUGACGAGGGCGAGAAGCGGAGGAGGGAGGUGGCGGCCGGAGCGGGAUGGUGGGCUGCCGCGGCCUCGCCGGAGCCGUCGGUCCGGCUCAGCCUCGUCUCCACCCUCGGGCUCCGGUGGCCUGCCGAGACUGGGCGUUCGGAACUGUCCGCACAACGUGGGUUCGACGUCAACCGGACGCCGUCGGUGGCGCCGGGCGCCGCGGGGACGCAAGAGGAGGAGGACGACGAGGACGGGGCAGCCGCGGCCUUCUCUUCCUCGCCCAACGACAGCGGUGGCUCCUUCCCGCUGGACCUCUCCGCGCACGGCGGGCUGGAGAUGGCGGCGGCGGCGCAGGCCGGGGGCGAGCGCUCGUCCUCCCGCGCCAGCGACGACGACGACGGCGCCUCCGCCCGCAAGAAGCUGCGCCUCUCCAAGGACCAGUCCGCCUUCCUCGAGGAGAGCUUCAAGGAGCACAGCACACUUAACCCCAAGCAGAAGGUGGCGCUGGCCAAGCAGCUCAACCUCCGCCCGCGCCAAGUCGAGGUCUGGUUCCAGAACCGCAGAGCCAGGACGAAGCUGAAGCAGACGGAGGUGGACUGCGAGUACCUCAAGCGCUGCUGCGACACGCUCACGGAGGAGAACCGCCGCCUGCACAAGGAGCUCUCCGAGCUGCGCGCGCUCAAGACGGCGCAGCCAUUCUACAUGAGCCUCCCGGCCACCACGCUCUCCAUGUGCCCUUCGUGCGAGCGCGUCGCCUCCAACCCCGCCGCGGCCGCCACCUCCACUACCUCCAGCCCGGCGUCCAGGGCAAGCAACGCCGCUGCCGCCGCGCCCGAGCAACCGCCGUCGUCCUUCGCCGCGCUCUUCGCAUCGCCCCGCGGCUUCCCGCUGGCCCCGCAGCCGCGGCCGCCGCCGCCGGCGAGCAACUGUUUGUAAAUAACCCGUCGUUUCCUGGCUCCGCUUCGUUCGUUGUUGGUUCUCGUGAGAGUUUUUUGGGGGUUCCGAGGCCGUCCGUCGCCGUUACUUGGACGGCUGGGAUGCGGAGAGACGAAGCUGCUUGGGUAGAGAAUUGACCUCAAUUUGUUUUACCGAUUUCUCUGGUUAAUUCCCUUUUAAAAGACCAGAUGGAGGUGUUAACCCACUGGUCACUGAUUCCUACUGCCGUUAAAAACUUCACAACGUGUAGUUGUACUCCCUGUGUGAAGCAAAAAAAGCUGGUUGCAUUUCAUUUUAACUUUUGCUGGCGAUCGAAGACGGAAGCCAGUACUGUACUUAUUUCACUGUAUU